AUGAAAGUACACUGUGCCUUAGUAAUUGCAAAGGCAAGAGUAGCGCCUCUAAAGGUUGUAACAAUACCUCGUUUGGAAUUAACAGCUGCCGUAUUGUCAGUGAAGGUCAGCCUAUUUCUGAAGAGGGAGCUGAACCUACCAAUCGACAGAGAUUACUUCUGGACAGAUUCCAAAGUUGUACUUGGAUACAUCAACAAUGAGGCUCGCAGAUUCCAUGUAUAUGUUGCAAAUCGCGUUCAGAUAAUUAGAGAUGCAACAGAACCUCAUCAGUGGCAUUACAUAGAGUCUGCUAGCAACCCAGCUGAUCAAGCCUCUCGCGGGCUUCGUGCAUCUGAGAUUAACAACUCUGCAUGGCUGAUUGGUCCUCCCCUGCUAUGGCAACCGAAUAUUGAAACUCAAAGUGUUGAAGCAGAAUUGCAUCUUGGAGACCCUGAAGUGAAAUCUGUGAGGACACUGUGUACCAAAACCGAAAUUCAUAGGAGUGUUCUUGACAUUCUAUCCAAAUUCUCAUCCUGGACAAAGCUGAUAUCGUUUGUUGCCAGAAUGCAGAGACUCUCUAAUGGUAUCAAGGGAACUCAUCCAACAAACCCGAAUGAAAGACUCAAGGCAGAACUGACCAUCGUGAAGUUUGUUCAACAUGAAACUUUUCCAGACGCUAUCAGCACCCUCCGUAAAUCUGAAAACCUACCAAGAACAAACUCCUUGAAACCUCUAGAGGCAGUUCUACAGGAUGGGAUUCUUCGAGUUGGAGGUAGACUUAGUAGGGCAGCCUUGCCAUCACUCUACAAACACCCGAUAAUCUUACCCAAGGAUAGUCACAUUACACUCUUGAUUCUAUCUCAUGCUCACAUGGAAACCUUUCAUCAAGGAAGAGGUUUUACCCUUAACAAACUCCGGUCUCUGGGAUAUUGGAUCGUAGGAGGUAGUAAGACGAUAGCCAACUACAUACGUCACUGCGUGAUAUGCAGGAAGUUGAUAAGACCGACAGAGACGCAGAGAAUGGCGGACUUGCCCAAGGAGCGUAUUGAGCCAUCUCCACCAUUCACAUAUUGUGGUAUGGACUGUUUUGGUCCAUUCAUUGUGAAACAGGGUCGAAAGGAAAUAAAACGCUAUGGUUUACUUUUUACCUGCAUGUGCUCUCGGGCUAUUCACAUUGAGAUGUUGGAUGACAUGUCUACGGACGCUUUCAUCAAUGGUCUUCGCUGUUUUAUCGCCAUUAGAGGAGCUGUUCGACAACUGCGCUCAGACCAAGGAACUAACUUCAUUGGUGCAAAGAAUGAGUUUCAGAAAGCUGUGGACAAAGAAAGAAUAUGUUCAUUCUUGACAGAGAAACAGUGUGAAUUUGUGUUUAACGCGCCGAGUGCUAGCCAUACCGGAGGAGUGUGGGAACGUCAAAUAAGAACUGUUCGUAACAUUCUCAACGCCAUACUAUUACUUUGUCCUGGAAGACUGGAUGACUCUUCACUGAGAACCGUAUUCUACGAGGCAAUGUCUAUUGUAAACUGUCGCCCACUUACAGUUAGCGAGAUAGACAACCCAGAUUCGCUAGAGCCACUUACUCCGAACCACAUUUUAACUGGAAAGACUUCAUCUCCUCUUCCCCCUCCAGGAGAGUUCCGGAAGGAAGAUAUGUAUAUCCGCAAACGUUGGAGACGCGUUCAGUUUCUUAUGGAACAGUUUUGGUCGCGAUGGAGACGAGAAUACUUGGCCAAGAUUACCUUGCGACAGAAGUGGCACGGAGUACGUCGGAACAUCAAGGAAGGAGACAUUGUUCUGGUGAAGGACUUCGCUUUGCCGCGCAACCAAUGGCCUCUUGGUAGAGUCAUCGAAAGCAACCCAGAUGAAGAUGGCCUAGUGCGGAGAGUCAAGGUGAAAUUGCAGUCUGGCAUACUCGAGAGAACAGUUCAUAAGCUUGUGUUACUUAUUUAG